GGUAUCCUGGAAAAAGUAGCGACUGCUUUAGUUCUUACAAUAGUGGCUGAGAAAAUGCAUCGACUGCAACUUUUUCCAACUGUGUUCAUUUUGUUGAAACAACUUGUUGCUACAGAAUUUUGCGAUUCAACUCCAUGCAAGCACGAGUCUUCACAAAUGCUUCUGAUGAUGAAGCACGACGCCGAUCCAUGUGAAGAGUUCCAUGAACUUGUUUGUGGAGGAAGAUCGAUCAUGGAUGAUACAACAAAUUCCGAGCAUUAUCACAAAGUUAAGAAGCUGCUGAGAGGAAACUUAACGCUUACUCCGCAUUUGGAAGCAUAUAAGACAUUUUUGGAAUCUUGUGAAAACUAUUAUCCUGAGCUUGAUUAUAAAGAAAAUCUGCGAAAACUGUUGACUUAUAUUAAUGUAGAUGAUUUGACGGAAAUCCUUAGCAAGCUGAUUUUAUCGCAAUCGUCACCAUUAUUUGAUAUUGGCUUAGAUAUUGACGUAAACCAAAACUACCAGUUCCAGUUAAUGCCUCCAUCAAUGGAAAGCCCCAUAAAGAUAACACUGACAGGAUUGACAGUAGAUGAGAUCGUUAGAAAAAGCUGUAUGGAGUUUGUACAAAGCACCAUAACUGAACCUGGAGUUGAUAUACAUGAUGUAUUUCAAGCUUUCAAUAAAUGCCUAGAGCAAACCUUGGAAGGCUACUAUAUGAAUUUUCAAAAAGAAGUUUCGUACCUUAGCAACACAUCAUCCAGUGCUAAUCUGUUGAACACGGGCGAACUAUUGGAAUUUUUAAAUGCAAUACAGGUACGUCCCGUAGCUAUAGAUACAAAAGUGCGGAAUAUUACACGAAUCUAUUUUCAGGGUAUUCGUCCGUCCCCAAAUGAAAUUCGACAGGAUCAUUUAUACAAAGCGAUCGAUCCAAUAUCAAUUAGUGAAUUAAAAAGAAGAUAUGACCUGGUGGAUUGGAAAAAGCUCUUUCACAACCUUGGCGUCGAUAGGACAUUUAAUGGAAAUGAGAUGGUGCAGAUGUCAUUUUUAAAAUAUUUUGACAACUUGUUUAAUAUGUUGAAGAUGUAUAACAAGACGACUCUCAGGCAACUGCUAACAGAAUACCAUGCCUUUCAUUUAUACUUGACCAUAGUUCUCCCUCCUUCGAUAAACACUGAGAACAAUUGUUUCAACAUAGCUAACCAACUUAUGCCGGAAGUUGCCACGUCUAUAGCUUAUAGCUUAGUACCAACGAGUUUAACAGGCAUUUGGAAUGACAAAAUUCACAAAUUGUUUGAAGGCCUUAAAGUCGUUUUUGAUGGAAGCUUAGAAGAGUCAAGGAUGGAUGAGAACUCCAAGCAGCUGCUAAGAGACAAGCUAAAGAUGAUAUCCUUAGAAUCAGCAGAAUUUGCUGAUUAUGAUAUAUUAGAGAAAGGUGGAACGAAUUUGAAGUUUGGAAACGAUUUUGUGGAGAAUCUAUUGUAUCUUUUAGAGCGUUACAGGAAGAAUGUGAUGUCUCUGUAUGGAAAGCAAGCUACACCUACCUCAAUCUUAGCCUACUUUGUAAAUGCCUUUGAUAGACGUCCAAAGAGUUAUAUCACCACGAAGUUCAUAGCCUUCCAUUCGGCAUCACUUCACAAAUCGUUACUUAACAUGCCUGAAUAUUUGGUAUUUGCCCAGCUAGGGAUGGAAUUAGCUCAGCAGCUUGUUAGACAUUUUGAUCGAGCUGGACGGAAGUAUUUUACAGGUCCGGGCAUUUCAUCUAGCGAUCAGUUCUACAAAUAUAUAGCUGACCAGACUAAUACAUUUGUGACGACCUUUUUUCUGAAAGAUUCAUACAGCUUCAUGGGCAGUACCUAUAGCUACCAGGAUGUAGAUAUCAGUUUGCUGUUAGAUGAGCUUAUGCUAGACAAUGCAGCCUUCAGACUCGUACAUGAUUACGUCAAAGAGAACACUGAAUUCCAAUCUGUACCUUGGGCAUCACGAACUUAUAGCGAUGAGCAACUGUUCUUUAUUGCUGCAGCACAACAAUAUUGCUGGGAAACCACCGACAUAUCUUUUACAUUGGAUAUUUUAGAAAGCAGAAACCUACCGAGCCCUUUGAAGAUUCAAAACAUUGUGAGCAAUUCUGCUGAGUUCGCGGACGUUUUCUCUUGUCCUGAGGGAUCGGCCAUGCGACUCGAUAGUAGUGUUAUAACGCAGUUCCCAAAAGUGGAGUACUACGGUGACUAUACUGAGGAGUGAUGCAAGCUGCCAAUAAACACUAUUUAAUACAA